AGGCAGGACGAGCAUCGAUACUUGGAGCAGUCGGAGCAUCGCGCUCGUAUCGGAUCGGGACGCGGACACGUGGACGGUAGCCAAUAGAAAGCUAACACGUACUUACGCCCCUAUGUAUCACCGGUGACGGUUUUUCGCUCGAUUCUCCUGUCAAUUGACGCCGGGAGCACCGAUCGUGAUGGAUUACACGGUGUUUUUUACAAGUCUUGCGAUACUCUUGCUUCACAUAAACUGUAUUCAAGCUAGGGGAACCCAGCAUGUAACUUGCGGCUCUGUACUGAAGUUAAUGAAUGUAGAUUACAAUGUGAGGCUACACUCCCACGAAGUAAAGUAUGGCAGUGGUAGUGGACAGCAAUCGGUGACAGGUACCAAUGCCAAAGAAGAUGGUAAUUCCUACUGGCUCGUUAAAGACGAAUCAGGGAAGCAGUGUAUGCGAGGAAAACCUAUUAGAUGUGGAGAUACUAUCAGAUUAGAACAUAUUGCGACGAAAAAGAAUCUUCAUUCACAUCUUGUCAGCUCACCUCUGACUGGAAAACAGGAGGUCUCCGCCUAUGGAGAUGCUAAGGGAGAAGGUGAUUCUGGUGAUAAUUGGAUGUUGCUAUGUCAGAAUGAUUUUUGGGAGAGAGACGAUACGAUCAUGCUGAAGCAUAUAGAUACUGAAAAGUAUCUAGCUGUCACUGGCAGAACUUAUGGUACUCCAAUCAGUGGACAGACUGAAGUAGUAGGUGAAUAUUCUCCAAACAGCCCUCACACACAAUGGUCAGUGAUGGAAGGAUUGUUUAUUCAUCCCAGUGACUUCAAAGCACAACAUUCUCAGCACACGGAAUUAUAGACAAUUUUUAUAAAUGGUAACUUUAGUCUACAAGGCAUGUACGUAUGCAUUGAAGAGAAUGCAAAUUCUAGGCGAAAGUAAAUCAUUAUAUUGCCAAAAAGAUUCAAAUAUCAUUGAAUGAUGUUCCUUUCUCGAGCGCAAUUUAUCUAUCGUGAAGCUGCACCUUAACAAUUAAUAAUAUUAAUGUCGUAGUUUAUUUGAGAAAAAAUUUACAGAAUCAAGUUGCUUAAAAUUUGUAAAUAAAACAUUACAUUGGAUUUAAAUUUAACAAUAUUUUCAGUUCUGCUAUCACAUUUUGUAUUAUAUUUAAAAUUUUGUGAUUAUUAUGUUAUUAAUUAAUAAAUUAAAAAUUAAUAAAUUAAAAUCAGUUUACCAUUUAGGAAAAUAUAUCUAUCCUUCUGUCGGGCAUAAAUGUAAACAGAUAAACCUAAAUGAAAUAGACUAUAAAUUCGACAAUUAUCAAUAGGAACAAAAUAAAUACAUAACAUACUUUAUAUGAAAUAUCUGUCUAUACACAUGUUGGCUUAAGCUCAAUAAGUAUUAGUUUUUUAAUUUUAUAUUAAGAAUUAUAUUAAGAAAUACAAGAAUUAAUCGUUAUUUAUUACACAGUCUGACAAAUAAUCUGUGCUCAAUUAGACUUCUGUGAAUCAAUAGUAUAAUACUUUCUAUGAUCAUGAAAUUCACAAAAAAUACUAGGGCCAUUAUAAUUGCAAAAGUUGCAAGUUUGGGAAAAAAUAUUCAAGAAUAUUUAUCUGUCAAAUUUUUAUAAAUAUCCUAGAAUAUUUGGUAAUUGUAAUAUGCGCUCGUUUCCCUGUCUUCUCUAUCAUGUAUGAAUGCGUAAAUAUGUUGUACAUAUGACUGUAUUUAUUGCUACGUAAGUACAUAAUAAAAAAAUGUGUAUUAAAGAU